UACGUCCGAGUGAAGAGUCGAUGCGAAACCGUUGCCGGUGUAGAAACCGUAACCUUGCCCAUUCGUCGAAUGUCUCCCGGCAUGGAGACGCUUGGAACUGCCAGCGGCGACGAGUAAAGUGGGUGGAAGUCUCUCGAUCGACAGGUUCCACCCCGAUCGCUAUCCAUCGUCUCUUUCCCUUCAGUCAAUAUCCCGGACUUCGUCCCGUCUUUGUGUUCUCUGGAAGAACUCAAGUUUGGUGGACGGAAAAGACCUAGCGCUCUCAGUCCGAGACUCGAGAUGCGUGAAUAUAAGAUCGUUGUUCUUGGGAGCGGAGGUGUGGGAAAGUCAGCUCUGACAGUCCAGUUUGUCCAGGGCAUUUUUGUGGAAAAAUAUGAUCCAACGAUUGAGGACUCGUACAGGAAACAAGUCGAGGUCGACGGACAGCAGUGCAUGUUGGAAAUCCUUGAUACUGCAGGCACCGAACAAUUCACUGCCAUGAGGGACCUGUACAUGAAAAAUGGACAGGGAUUUGUACUAGUAUACUCCAUAACAGCACAAUCAACCUUCAAUGAUCUCCAAGAUCUGAGGGAGCAGAUCCUACGUGUCAAGGACACUGAGGAUGUACCCAUGAUAUUGGUGGGGAACAAGUCAGACCUCGAGGACGAGAGGGUGGUGGGCAAGGACCAGGGCAUGAACCUGGCUCGUUCCUGGAACUGUGCUUUCCUCGAGUCAUCUGCUAAAUCCAAGAUCAAUGUCACAGAGAUUUUCUACAAUCUAGUUCAGCAGAUAAAUCGCAAAUCACCUGAAAAGAAGACGAAGAGCAAGAAGAAGCACCGUUGUUGUGUUCUGUGAAAAAGAGAAGAAAGCAUCUUCCACCAUGCAUCAUUUAUCUGUCUCUAAGUUUGUGCUUUUUUCUUCUUACUCCUCCCUCCUUGGUGUGAUUUUAUGACAAUUAUUGCAAAAUCAUCUUUGUAUCUAUUCCUAAGAGGAAUAGUGUAUGUAUGCAUGUUGGCAUAUCCUUUCUCUUUUGCAACUUAUUACUGCCAGAUAAUAAUUUGCACAUUUUUCUUUUCUCUGUUGUUGUAUUUCUCUCCUUGCUCUGCCCUCAAGAUAUUGUUGACCUGUUGUGAAUGAAAUGAAAUGCCCUUUACCAUU